AACUAUUGAGAAAACCGUAUCACUUAGAUCUCUGAAACCCUGUCGAAAAAUACUUCUAGACAGGUUGUAAUGAUAGGUACCGCAGCCCCUGCUUUUGAUUGGUAUCCUGGUGGCCCAGUCCCACCCUGCGCUCCUUGUCUUUGCCUAGAGCCAUCGAGCAGACGAAGAAAGAGAUUCGAACGUUGAAGAAUACGGUCCACUUGAAGAACGAUACGGGCCCCGGGCCAGUGGGAAUUUAUUCUUCGGAAGUUUUUAGCGAAUUCUUGUUAGUUCCACCACAUGUUGAAAGCCCCUAUUGUUUCCAGAAGAUAAGUAAACAUUCCCGGGAUCUUCGACACUUUCCGCGCAUAAUUUUUGCGGGACAUGCAGUGUUCCUUGACGUUUGUUUGCAAAGUUUACUAGAUUUCUGCAACGUGCAAGUGUAUCGGGAGUUUUUCUGUGGUUCCUCUGAUUUUGGAAGGCUCCGUCAGGAUGUAGAGCGAUUCCCAGGCGAGCAGGAAGUGACAGUCAUACAAUGUAGUCACCCGCCACAAUCACCAUGUCUUCACCCUCGCCCGACCCCCAGAAGGGGGACUUGGCCUACCAGUCGAGCGACACCAGCGACCACGGUUUGCUCGGCCACGCCCACACCUGCACGUGUUCCGAGAAACAGCCAGUAGAAGCGCCCAAAACCGAACACGGCCACCCCCACUGCCUAACAAAGCCCAACCUGCAUCACGUCUUGACCGCGAGCCACGCCUCCACUGCCACGGGCCACGCCCACGUUCAUUCCUCACCAAAGAUAGGUCCAACAGCCACGCCCAAAGCUGCUGCAGGUUCUUGUACUUGCCAUAUUCAGGAAGACUGCGAUAAUAUAGCGGAAAGAGAUCAGUGCUGCCAAGGGAGGAAGAUUGAAGCUGAUGAUAGGAUAGAGGUGUCCCCGUUGCCCCCCGCGCUGCCCCCACGCCCCCCUCCGAGGCCCAGGUACGAAGGUAGCCUGAAUUCGAGGCUAAGGCCGAGGAUAGCAAACCCCAACAAUGGAGGAAUCAGAAAAUACGUUUUCUGGUGUUGUUCUUGUGGUGGAUUAGCUACCAUCCUGGGGGCUUUAUUUCUAGCUGUAUAUUUUUUACUCAGGUCGUAUACGUCCUCUCUGGGGUACUUCGAAACCAUCCCCACUUUUGUGCCUGCUACCAUGCUGAUUCUUACCGGCAUUUGUGUUAUGAGUCUUGCGAGAAGAAAGAACAGAUACAGUUAUUUGAUAAAGAUAUGCGGCCUGUGCUGCUUGGUGUGUGCCUUGACUUGCGUUCUAGUGACAAUCACGACAACUGUCAUUCACAUGAACAGGUUGCAAACGCUUCGAGAAUGUGUUUAUACUCAAAAAACUAGGACUUGUACCUGUUAUUCGGUUUUAUUGGAAGCUCAUGCGACAGCAGACGAUGGGAGCAGAUACGUUUUCGACGCAACUCCCGAUUGUGAGGUUAUACACGGCGCCUUAUAUUCUUGUCUCAGAGCUAUGUUUGGGCUGUCAGUCAGCGGAAUUUUGGUCUGCAUAUUUUCGUGCAUGUUGGUAUAUCAGUUGCUAAGCCACGAAAAGAAGAAAAUGUACUGGGAACAACUAGAGCUGCGAUGCCGAUCCUUCUACCAACAGCAGUCCGGCCCUUCGAGUAACCACGGUUCAGUGAGGGGGCCUUCGAUGCCUCCAUCGACGUACUGUAGCUGCUGCGAAGAAUGUCGCUAUCCCUCGGUGCCACCCGGACCCCAAGUUUAUCCUUGGGAUAAUCAUAUUCCGACAGAGAGAUUCUGGGCCCCCGGUCGCAUUGGGAAUUUCUACUCGCCCAACCCAGAAGACGGACCUCCCAACAAUUCGGAAGGCCCCAAUAGGGGCAGAGCUUUGGGCGGAUGGAGUUGGAGGAGGUUACCUUGGAGCCGAGGAAAUGGAGGACAGAGCGAUUCGCAGAGAGAUAACUCUCUGACCUACCAGGGAGGCAUCAGCAGUGCCGACAGUCAGUAUGGCUUCAGCAACAGACCUGGAGGAGACCGUACACUUCAAGAACAAAUGGCAGGUUCCACGGGGUCGUAUAGUAUUUUGGACAAUCGGCCACCUGCUGGUGGGGUCUACGUUUGGGGUCCACCUCCGCCGUAUUCGAAUCCAAAUUCUCCAGCUAGGCGCCCUACGCAGUCUCCAGGAAGAUAUCACCACAUUCACCACCACAACCACGGCCACGAGUCCCACUGCCAAAUGAACAACGAGAACAAUCAGUUCCGCAACUCGCGCAGGACGAGACCCCACUUCAGCAACAAGGAUAACUAUGAAAACACCACAGAACCGGAAAUCCACCAACCGAACGACAACAGCGAGAGCACGGACACCUCCAGCUGCGUGGACAGGGUGUCGCAUACCCUCCCCGCGAGGAAAAUGAAGAAGCGGACCGACAUGGCGUCCGUCAAGUCCAACGUGCAGAUGUCCAACAGGAUCAACGUCCAGAACGUGUUCAAUCAGGCGGGGCAGGACGAGAACAAGAUCGGUUCGGAACACGAUUACCACGAGCCCAAUGUGGCGGACGGCAAAGCGGGGGAUUCACAGAAGUGUCGCUUCCUGCCGAGGCUUCAAGGUGUGGAGAAUGCGGGGUUUCAAACGCAGGAGAACAGUCCCCAGAAACCGGAAGCUACGGAGUCUGAGGUAUAUUUUGCCGACGUGAGCAGCUGCUGCAAUAUCUCCGUCCGGAACGACGGACAAGAUUCGUCUCUGUACGACGAAGCUUUGGAGACGCAAAAACCGAGGUUGAUUUCUCUGCAGAAACCCGAUGCCAAAGACGUGAGCACCAACCAGCUGCUACAGAACUUCCAGGAGAAUAUUUCGUCAUCCACGGUCACCGAAGAUGAGGACUAUUUAGCUCAUAGAAUGGGUAACAGGCAGAUGUCGACCAGGAGCAGAAUGCCGUUCCCGCUUCCAAAUCCUUCUGAAUUGGAGUUCACCACGGACUCGUGCAUCCAGCUGCUUCCCAAAGACAUAUCCCAAAACAGCCUGUGCAGCAGCGUUCAAACCCCCAUGACAGAAACGACAGACGACACGAUAUCUCCCGACGAAUGCUGCAGCUACUUCCAGGAGAAAUCUUGCGAGCAAACCGCCAGAAGGGGCUUCACCAACGCUUCUUUAGAUCACUACCUAGCGCCGGAUGCUCAAUACGAGGUCAUACCCGAACAAGACGGAUACAGACAGAACACGAGCAACCUCACCACCACCAUAUCGGGGCUGAACUACGACCAAAACUACUACAACCAGAACCCGGCAAACUUCGGUUACAACAACUCUGGAUCGAAGAACGUCCCGCCUAAAACGCUGAACCUGAACCAGCAGACGAGGAGGAAUAUAGGCUCGAACAUUUCUGCGUUGAUCCAGAAUUUGGGGGGCAACCCAGCAGGUCUGCUUUACGGAGACGCCAAUAUCGACGAUGAAGUCCAAGGGCAAGGCUGCCACAGCGACGCUACCAUCGAUUCGGGGUGGCAGAGCGGUUCUGAGAAGACUGAGGGUAGGAAGCAGGAUGCUGGAGAUGGUUCCCACAAGCCCGUGAACGUUUAAGGGGUACAAAGAGGGGUUCAAAUGUGUGAUUGUCAACCUUAUGGAGGGGAGGGAGGUUGAAGUGGAGGAGUUUGAAGAUACCAAACAAAUUAUCCCCGGUCAAAAAUCGAGGGGUUCUUGCGACUUCCUGAAUUGCCGAUACAGUUCCUGCUGAUGGCUCUUUUUCGUUUUCAUAAGGAGACCACUCAAUUUGGAAUGUCAGAGAGAGUAUUUUUGUCAGUUUACUUCACUAAAUUUACAUUCUCAACGAAUUAAGUUGUCGCCCAAAACUAUAUUUUCCGAUCUGGAAAUCUUGUUCGGUUCGAAAGUUGAAAGAUAUAAUACACUUGUUCCAGCGGUUUUUCCAAUCCUCAAGUCAGCUUGAAAACCUUUUUUUGGUAUGUCCUUGAGCUCUCUGGGCGAUUCGGUUUCAAUCUCCUCAAUCGCCGCAGAACGCUCUCCUUUCAUGGUUCUCUUCAAUCUUGGAAACAGGAAAAAGUUUGCAGGAGGGAAAUCUGGUGAAUUCGGUGGCUGAGGCAUGAUCACGGUGUUGUUUUUGCCAAAUACAUUACGAAUAAGCUAUGAUGAAUAGCAUGUGCAUUAUCGUGAGCAACAUCUUGACUUUUGAACGAACUAGACGUACUUUUUGUGGACUUUGCUCUUUUGGGCUUUUCCAUUGGGACGAUUGAACUUUGAUUCCUAUGAUUUGUCAGCAGUUAUGACUCAUAGAAUGGGUUGACGUUCAACAAUUCCUGGAAAAUUUACAUGCGACGGUGUUUAUGGUCAAAAUUCAGCAGUUUUGGAACAAACUUUGCUGCCACACGCUCUACAGACUUCGUAUAUCAUCGUUUAAUAAUGAAAUGGGCUCAAAACUAUCUCUACCCUGCUAGUUCUAACCUCAAAAUGUUAAAUGGGCUCUAGACUGUUUAAUGUACAUAUAAUUUCCCUCCCAGAGUCCAGAACUUAGCCAAUAAUUCUGGUGAAAAAAUAAUGACUGUUGAUAGAAAUGGUAUAUUGUGUAUGUAUUGAAAUUUAUUUAUAUAUCUAUUCAUUGACGUUGAAAA